AUGGCGUUUGCGUUCUCAUUCGGAAGCGAGCCGGUCGAGUCGACGGUGGAUGCGGCCAACCGGACAGCCGCCGAAGAGGAGGCAGCUGAGGCAGCGGCAGCGGCGGCGGCAGCGGCAGCGGCUGCAGCGGCUGCGAUGGCGGCAGAAGGCGGUGAAGAGGGCGAGGAAGCGGGAGCAAAAGUCUCGGCUGGAUCAAGCGCAAACAUCGAGGGUGAGCCGAGGGUGGUGCUGGCCGAGAUCGCGGAGCGGAACACUGCGCUGAGCAAGUAUCUGACACACGAGACGGAGCUGGAUGGGGUGCGGAUCGAGGUCGAGCCGGGCGUGCUUGCCAAGGUCGCCUUUACCAAGGACGACGUGGUUGAUCUCCUUGAUGAUGCUCUGGUCGAUGUUGUUGUCGACUCGGAUCUUGCUGCAGGGCUGUACGAGGGCGGCCUCAAGGUGUGGGAGGCCACGCUCGAGCUCAUUGCCACCAUGCCGCGUGAUGACGUCGGCCUCCACGCUGCCCUUGCCGCUGGCGAAGGGAAGGUUCUCGAUCUUGGAUGCGGACAUGGCCUGGCCGGCAUCUACGCCCUCUUCCACGUGCCGGGCGUCUUGCACGUCACCUUUCAGGACUACAACGCCGCCGUCCUCACCAUGGUCACCGCCGAGAACGUGUACCUCAACGCACCCAAGGCGAGCAAGCUUGAGAUCGGGCCCGAUAUGGAGACCGCAGGCCCGCCGGCGGCCGCCGCGCUCGAUCCGGAGACCACUGCGUUUGUGGCCGGCGAUUGGGGCGGGCUGGCGGAUGUAGUGGCUGACAAGGCGCCGUACGACGUCAUUGUCUCGGCCGAGACCAUCUACGCCCGCGAGAGCUACCCAAAGCUGCUCGGUGUUCUGGAUGCUUGCCUGGCGCCACAUGGCGUUGCGCUCUUUGCCGCCAAGUCGUACUACUUUGGCGUCGGCGGCGGCGUCGUCGAGUUUGCCGCCUACAUCCGCGACUCGGGCCGUUACGCCGUCGACACUGUUUUUACCGCGGCCGACGGCGCCUCCAUCGACCGCCAGGUCCUCCGCAUCGUCGCCACUUCGUCGUAGACUAAACGCAUAUCUCGCCGU